AACAUUGAAGUGAUCUUUAUGCAGAACAAGUCACAAUACUUCCUUUCUCUACGUGUAAGAACCUGAGAUCUCAUGAGAACUGAUUCUGGUCCCAACAGGGUUCUUAACACCAACCAUGCUUCUCCUAGAUGCCUGGACCCACAUUCCUCAUAGUGUCCUGCUGUUGAUCCUGCUUCUGGGACUUAAAGGAGCAGCUAUGAGAGAGCUGAAGGUGAUCCAACCUGUUAAAUCAUUUUUUGUUGGUGCUGGAGGGUCAGCCACUCUGAACUGCACAGUGACAUCCCUCCUCCCUGUGGGGCCCAUAAGGUGGUACAGGGGUGUAGGACAAAGUCGACUCUUGAUACAGUCGUUCACAGGAGAACAUUUCCCCCGAAUAACAAGUGUUUCAGAUGUUACAAAGAGAAACAACCUGGACUUUUCCAUCCGUAUCAGUAAUGUCACUCCUGCUGAUUCGGGUACCUAUUACUGUGUGAAGUUCCAGAGAGGAUCAUCAGAGUCUGACAGAGAGAUUCAGUCUGGAGGUGGCACUGAGUUGUCAGUACUUGCUAAACCAUCUUCACCUAUGGUCUCCGGUCCUGCAGCCAGAGCUGUCCCUAAGCAGACAGUGACCUUUACAUGCAGAUCCCAUGGAUUCUUUCCGCGGAACCUCACGCUGAAGUGGUUCAAGAAUGGAAAUGAGAUCUCUCACUUGGAAACUUCUGUGGAACCCGAAGAAACAAGUGUCUCCUAUAGAGUUUCCAGCACAGUCCAGGUGGUGUUGGAACCUAGGGAUGUCCGCUCUCAGAUCAUUUGUGAAGUGGAUCAUGUCACUUUAGAUCGAGCCCCUCUCAGAGGGAUUGCUCACAUCUCUGAGUUCAUUCAAGUUCCACCCACCCUGGAGAUCAGCCAGCAGCCAACAAUGGUAUGGAAUGUGAUAAUUGUCACCUGCCAAAUACAGAAGUUCUAUCCUCCAAGGUUUCAGGUGACCUGGUUAGAGAAUGGAAAUAUAUCCCGGAGAGAAGUACCUUUUACACUUAUAGUAAACAAGGAUGGAACUUACAACUGGAUCAGCUGUCUCUUGGUGAACAUAUCUGCCCUUGAGGAGAACAUGGUAGUGACAUGCCAGGUUGAGCAUGAUGGACAAGCAGAAGUCAUUGAAACCCAUACUGUGGUGGUCACUGAACAUCAGAGAGUGAAAGGUACUCUCCAGACCACAAUAACUGAAGAGAAUCUGAAGAAUGUUCUCUAUGAACUGAAGACGGCAGGUAUUGCUAAAAUACCUGUAGCUGUGCUCCUUGGAUCCAAAAUACUGCUGUUAAUUGCUGCCACUGUCAUUUACAUGCAUAAGAAGCAAAAUGCCUGAAUAGGCUCCGAAUGGAAAUAAGUGCUAAUGAGCAGCUAUUGAAGACUACUACUAAGGACUCAAUUAGAAGAACAACUUCAACUCAGAAUUUCUUGUUGUACCUCUGCAUAUGUAUUGCUAUCCCAGAACUUUAAAGCUGUGCAUAUUGAAUUGUAUUCUUGUUGUCUUUAUUUUCAUUAUUAAAAGAAUUUAAGGAUGUA